AUCCUGUCUUCUUCCCCUCUCCUCCUCUUCUCGACCUUUAACUUUGCUCCUCUCUCUCUCUCCAAACACCUUUUAGGCUGCUCAAUUCUCUUAAAAACCCAUCUUUUAUUGUUUUGAUGAGCUUUUCGGCUCGAUUGUACCAUCCGGAAAUGGAAAAGGAGGCGUUCUGGGGCCUAAACUGGCAGUCCACCGACGCCAAGGUGCCGCCGGAGUUGAAUUCCGGCACUGCCGCCGCUGCCCUGCUGCCGCAGCGCCUCCUCAACCUCAAUUGGAACCAGCCGAUGAGCUGCGACGCUGGUUUCGAGUCGGCCCUCAGCUCCGCCGUCGUCGGCCAGACUGGGAGCAUCUGCAACUCUGGCGAAAUCUCUCCGAGUUCUCGGCGCCGUGGCGCCAGCAAUUCUUGUUACAGCUCGCCUCUGAAUUCCCCUCCAAAGCUCAACGGCAGAGGAGCGCUCCCGAUGCCGAUAAAUCCAAUGCCGGGGGCCCAUUCCGUGCCGUUCGCCGCCGAACCGUGGUUCGCGGAUGGGGCCGCGAUGCUGUCUAACUAUGGAGGCGGGAGCUCCGCGGGUUUCCCGGGCCAGUUCGGGCUCCCGGUGAUCCCUGCCAAUCUUUCGAGGGUUUCGAGUAGCAAGUCUCUGAAGACGGGCACUGGAUCUGGCAUGGGAGCUCCGGAGAAAGGGAGCGAUGCAGGGAUGCUGGGCCCUGCCCGAAUGGAGAUGGAGAUGAUGUCUAAGCUCGGUGGAUCUUCGACGCCGGCGGAUUCGGAGCCCGGCAACGGGCAGGAGGAGUCAUCGGUGUCGUCCUUGCGAGGCGUCACGGACAGCAAUGCCAGGAAAAGGAAGGCAGCUGCAAAAGGGAAAGGAAAGGAGGCAUCUUUAUCUUAUGCUGCCACCGACCCGUUUACUAUGACAGAGGAGGAGAACUCCGAUGCAAAGAGAUCGAAACCGGCCGAAGCAAAUGGUAAGAUGAAGACUGAGCAGAAUGGAGAUCCUGGCCGGAAACAGCCACCGGAGCCUCCGAAGGACUAUAUCCACGUAAGGGCGAGAAGAGGACAAGCCACCGAUGCUCAUAGCCUUGCCGAGAGGGUUAGAAGAGAAAAGAUCAGUAAGAGGAUGAAGUUCCUGCAAGAUCUUGUGCCUGGUUGCAACAAGGUGACCGGCAAAGCUGUAAUGCUUGAUGAGAUCAUAAAUUACGUGCAGUCGUUGCAGCGGCAAGUCGAGUUCCUGUCCAUGAAGCUGGCCACACUGAAUCCCCAGCUAGACGACAUGGAAAGUAUCCUCUCAAAAGAUAUGUUUCAGGCACGCGGACUGAUGCCGCAGCCAGUUUAUCCGGCGGAGAUGACGAGCGCAGCAGUUUCAAAUGUGCACCAGCCUCAGGCAACCCCUGGCCAGAGCAUCGUGACCUCUCUCCUCGAAGCACAGUUCUCCUUAAAUCCAUUGGAAUCCUCCUUGCACCAGUCUCAAAGUCUGCAACUGGUUCCCCUGGAUGGAUUCACAGUUGCUUCCUCUCAGCUCGGGGAAUUUUGGGAGGAUGACCUGCAGAGUGUCGCUCAGGUUGGGUAUGGACGGGACCAAAAGCCUGCAUUCUCCUCACAAAGCUACCCUGGUCACAUGAAGAUUGAACUCUGAUCGCUUCAUUUCCUCCUGGAAAAGAAGCCUCUGUAUAUAACCGAGACAUCACAUCGGAUCAGCAUCGUGAAGUUUCUUCGGAUGACCAGUAGGUCUGAGCAACAUAAUUUAGGUGAAGACUUCAUCUUGAAGCAUAAGUAAGAUUGUAAUGGAGGAAUUCAUUAUGAUGACGUGGUUUUGUACUACGACGAGUACUAUCGAUUGAUUUAUGAGUCAAUGAAGUUGUUCCCAUU